AUGAGUGGAACUUCUCCAAAUGCGUCCAACUCGCAUGUUGUAACUAGAUCGAAUUAUUCUACCCUAACAAACCCCUCUCGUAGGGUGAAUUUCAUAGCGUCAUUUUCGAUAUCCGUAAAACUUAAGAUGCAACAUUAGCACAAUGCAAAACUUUAUCUGGGUCACAAAAAAGCGAUUUUAAAAUUCAAAUGUGAGCAUAAAUUAAUUAAUCUCCCAGGUUAAUGAUCUAAAGACUGAAAAUGGUUUUUUCCGGAAUAAACUUGAUACACUCACCGAACGCGUUGUUGUCCUCGAGUCAAAUUAAAACUGUCCUACUAUCGAUUAUAACUCCAAUGUCGUGCUGUAACUUGUACAGGAAUUGGCAAUCUCGAUAAACGCUCGUACAACGCAGUUGUACGGGGGCAUCCAGAAUCCUCUUCAACAUUAUCAUCUGUUAGACUAGCAGGCGAUAAGAAAUCACUCAGCGAUUUGACCCGAAAUCUAUCUUUAUCGUUGCCAUCAGAACUCAAGCUGUUCAGAUUGGGUAGCAAAAACGCUAUAAAACCUCGCCUACUUAAAGUUAUCUUUACAUCGACAGAACUUGCUUUACGAUUUGUAAGUGACUUCAAUACUGAAAAACGCUCCAAAUCAACUUUAGAUCAAGCAAGUUCUAUUUCUAUUGCACGUGACCGUACAUUGCUUGGACGUAAAGAAAGUCACCGCAUCUAUAGUAACCUCGAUGAGCGAAGAAAAAAGGGUGAACACAACAUUGCUGUCAGAUAUAGAAACGGAGCCCCUUAUCUCUCCCAAAUUCGACUUGCUUCAAAGGCGGACGAUCUGCAUUCUCAACAGAUGUCUGGCAUGCAUUCAAAAAAUUAA